UCUCUCUCUCUCUCUCUCUCAGCUCAAAUCCUCAAGAACAACAUGAGCUCAUUUAUAGUAAUUAAUAAUGAUAUAACUCAGUUUUGAUUUGUGCCCAGUUGAGUAGAAGUUAUUUCUGAAGCUCUAUAAUGAUAUAAUUUUCAUUUAGUAACUGACCUAUUUAUUAAUACUUAUUUAAAAAGACUUUUGGUGUUUUGUUAUGCUAAGCUACUCAUGCAUGAUGCUGAUUAUUUACAAGUUAGGUGCUGUUAGGGUGAAUAUUUUGUGGGUUAUUGGGAAAUUAACAUAAAGAGGAAGCUAACUGUAUGGAAAAUAAAAUCUAAAGAAAAUUUCCCAAUUUGGGUGGAACAGUUAAGUGAUCUGUUCAUAAGCUAAAGACCAUUUUGGUCAGUCUUUGCAGGAUGCUCAUUCAUAAGGUUAUCAAGCCUGAGUCAAUGGAUUGGUUGGUUCAUUUGUGAUGGGAUACUUUCAAAUUUAAGCUUGUGCCAUAGGAUUUAAAGUUUGGAAAACCGAAAGAGGAUAUAUGUUGUCUAUAAAGUUUUCUCGAUCUAAAAUUGAAGAAUUUGCUGCCUAAAGAUUCAGGGUAGUGCUUGAUUUAAUUGCCAGAGUUUAUUUAUUCGGAUGGAUCAUAAGUUCAUAGGUGAUGAGAUAAUAAAAGUUCCCCAAGUAAUCAUAGUGACACAAAGAAGGGUGCAUGUAUAACUGGUCUUGUACUGUAUUACUGACUUCAUUUGUAUCAGUACAGCACAGAGGUGUGAUCCCAUGGAAAUUCGUCUUUUAUUUGCUUAUACAGAAAAAACAAACAAACAAACAACUUGCGAAGAUGUAUUUUAUAUCAAUUAAUGUCUGCAUUUUGGUGCAUUGCUACUAUGGAGAUAAAGGAAUUGAGAUUAAAUUAAAACUUAGAGAAUGCGAAGGAGGGGGUUGCAAAGUUAUGAAACCAGGUAAGAAAUGCAUACUAUGAUUAAUUUAGCAUGCUUUGGUGCUUGUUUUUUUACCAUGCAAGGUUAAGCAAGUAUUGGAAAGGCAAGUGGAUGUUCUAGCAUCUCUUAGAUUGUCAAGCAAGAAGCCAUUUCACACUAAUUGUUGUCUUGUUUUAUUACAUCAAAUUCUUUCUUUUUUAACAAUUAAUUCACUUUCUGUGAAUUUUAUUUUCAUUUCAAUGGAAAAACGAAUAAUUAUUGAAUUUUUUUAAAUGUCGAAGAUAAUGGUUCGAGGAAGAGAUGCCUGUUGGGAGCACUGUAUCCUUGUUGAUGCAACAAAACAGAAGGUUAGGUGUAAUUAUUGUCAGCGGGAGUUCAGUGGAGGGGUAUAUAGGAUGAAGUUUCACUUAGCUCAAAUAAAAAACAAAGAUAUAGUCCCCUGCACAGAAGUCCCGACCGAUGUGCGAGAUCACAUUUUAAGUAUAUUAAGCACUCCCAAGAAACAGAAAACUCCCAAGAAACCAAAGGUGGAUAAGGCACUUGCAGCCAAUGGUCAACAGAAUAGCUCCUCUGCUAGUGGUGGCUUCCAACCUAACCAUGGCUCUAGUGGACAGAAUGGAAGCACCUGUCCAUCUUUGUUAUUUGCAUGCCCUUCACCAAUUGCACACCUACCAGUGGAUGAUGUUCAAAAGCAAAAGCAAGAUGUGGCUGAUAAAAAAAUUGCUGUGUUCUUCUUCCACAACUCUAUCCCUUUUAGUGCUGCUAAAUCCAUAUAUUAUCAGGAAAUGGUGGAUGCUGUGGCAGAGUGUGGGGUGGACUACAAAGCCCCGAGCUAUGAAAGCCUGAGAUCUACUCUGUUGGAAAAAGUGAAAGGUGAUAUACAUGAUUGUUACAAGAAAUAUAGAGAUGAAUGGAAAGAAACAGGCUGCACUAUCUUAUGUGAUAGCUGGUCUGAUGAUAGGAACAAAUCACUUGUAAUAUUCUCGGUUACAUACCCUAAAGGGACCCUGUUUCUGAAGUCAGUCGAUGUAUCAGGUCAUGAAGAUGAUGCUACUUACUUGUUUGAGCUGAUUGAGUCUGUUGUCUUAGAGGUUGGUGUUGAACAUGUUGUCCAAGUUAUAACGAAUACUUCUGCCAGUCAUGUUUAUGCGGGAAGGCUUCUUAUGGCCAAGUACAAUUCAUUGUUUUGGUCUCCUUGUGCUUCUUAUUGUAUUAAUAAGAUGCUGGAGGAUAUUAGUAAACAGGAGUGGGUGAGCACAGUUUUGGAAGAGGCAAAGACCAUUACAAGGUUCAUAUAUAGCCACACGUGGACUUUGAGUAUGAUGAGAAAGUUCAAUGGUGGAAGGGAUUUGCUAAGGCCAAAAAUUACUAGAUUUGUGACUAAUUUCCUCACCUUGAGGUCCAUUGUGUUUCAGGAGGACAAUUUAAAGCACAUGUUUUCUCAUACAGAAUGGUCAUCUUCAGUAUACAGUCGUCGCCCUGAGGCUCAAGCAAUUAAGUCCUUGUUGUAUUUAGAGAGAUUUUGGAAGUAUGCACAAGAAGCUGUGAGUAUUUCUGAACCACUACUUAAAAUCCUUAGAGUUGUUGAUGGGGACAUGCCAGCUAUGGGGUACAUGUAUGAAGGAAUAGAGAGGGCAAAGGUUGCAAUAAAGACUCAUUAUAAAGGUAUCGAAGAGAAAUAUAUGCUGCUCUGGGAUAUAAUUGAUCGGAGAUGGAAUAUGCAGCUUCACUCGUCCUUACAUGCAGCGGCAGCCUCCCUUAAUCCUUCUAUAUUCUACAGUCCAAACUUUAAGAUCGAUUUGAGGGUGAGAAAUGGAUUUCAAGAAACUAUGUUAAAGAUGGCUAGCACACAAGAAGAUAAGAUGGAUAUAACUAAAGAGCAUCCUAUGUAUGUCAAUGCACAAGGUGCACUUGGGACUGAUUUUGCAAUCAUGGGAAGGACACUGAAUGCCCCAGGUGACUGGUGGGCAGGUUAUGGUUAUGAAAUUCCGACACUCCAGCGGUUUGCGAUACGGAUUCUAAGCCAACCUUGUAGUUCCCAUUGGUGCUGUUGGAACUGGACCACCUUUGAGAGCAUACAUAGCAAGAAACGCAACCGAGCAGAGCUGGAAAAAUUCAAUGACCUGGUUUUUGUGCAUUGCAAUCUUUGGUUGCAAUCCAUUUAUCAGAAGAGGGAUGGAAAAUGCAAACCUAUAGUGUUUGAUGAAAUAGAUGUUGGCUCUGAUGAAUGGCCUACUGAGUUGGAUUCUCCUGCUCCACUCUUGGAUGAUUCAUGGUUGGACAACUUACCCCUUGGGUGACACAUGUAUAUGUGUGUGUAUGUAUGUGUCUAAUUAUGUAAUUUUGUAUGAUAAUAUUAUAAUCAGUGGUUGAUAUUGACACCCUAAUAACACUUACAAUUUGAUCUACUCCUAAAGAUGAUAUGAAAUGAGACAAAGCUAACUGCCAAACUUGGCACAAUUAGAAAA